AUCUCUUUUCCACGGACGUGGGUGAUUACAUUCAGCUUCUGUAGAUUUGGUGGAGUUAUUAGUAUGACAAAUUCAAAGGGAUAUCGUCGAGGAACAAGGGAUUUAUUUUCCCGAAAGUUUCGCAAACAUGGAACAAUUCCACUUUCUACAUAUAUGAAAGUGUAUAAAGUAGGCGACAUAGUUGACAUUAAAGGUAAUGGGGCUGUUCAGAAAGGAAUGCCUUAUAAAGUGUAUCAUGGAAAAACUGGACGUGUAUUCAAUGUAACUCCUCAUGCUUUGGGAGUCAUUGUAAAUAAAAGAGUUCGUGGACGAAUUAUUGCAAAAAGAAUUAAUGUUCGUAUUGAACAUUUGACUCACUCAAAAUGUAGAGAAGAUUUCUUGAAACGCGUAAAGGAAAAUGAAAGACUCAGGAAAGAAGCAAAGGAAAAAGAAAUUAAAUUACAGUUGAAAAGACAACCUGCUGAAAAUUGUAUCAGGACGUGAAAACCCAAUUUCCCUUGCACCUAUUCCUUAUGAAUUUAUUGCUUAAAAUAAACAUGUUUUGAACAAA